UCGCAUCGUGCGACAGGACCUCGAAUCAGUUUUCCCAGCAACGCGCGCACUUUUCCCGCCUUGGACCUCCGAUUAGGGUCCGCUGUCCUUUCCUUCGCUGUCCUUAUUGCUUAUUGCUUCGGCCUUUGCAUUUGCAUUUUAAUGUUUGCUUAAGCAUUCCGUUUCGGUGUCAAAAUCCAAAGUCCAAAAUCCGGCCAAUCCAAUCCCAAUCCCGGCGAUAAGGAACGGAGAGCUCAACGCGGAAUUGUUCGACACAAAAGUGAAUUACAAAUCAAUUGAGAAAGCCCCCGGCAGCGAGACAUAGAGCACACAUCGAAGCCAAUUCAAAAGUGAGGCACUAGGAAGCAAAAAAGAGUCCCGCAUGAGUAACAGCGCCAUGGUGGCCGUGGCCAUCUGCUGCAUCCUCGUCCUGCUAGCCGUCUUCAUCGUGAUCAUCAUAGUGGUCGGCCAGACCAUCGAGGAGCCCAAAUGAGACAUGCUCCAGCUGGGACCUGGCAACUUCCCAGAUGGAUAACAGAGGCCCCCUCAAAAUUGUUAGCUUGCUGGGGCCGCCAGCAAAAAUUUCGUUGCCACCUCAUCAGCAUCUGCAGCAUCCGCAAAAUCAUCAUCAACAUCACUUUCACCCGGCUGAAAAAUUAGCAGAGGAAACAGAAGGAUCAGGAGGAGCAGAAGGAGCAGGAAGAGCAGGAGAGGAGCACGUGGAGUGGAGUGGAGUGGAAUGGAGGAAAUGCGUCCCAUCGUCAGUAUCCAUUGGCUGUGAUGUGAAAUUUUUUGAAUUUGUGAAGCAAAAAUCAAUCGAGAAAUCAACCCAACACAAAAGGAGCUACUAAAUUUUGGAACAUUCCGCAUCCUAAUAACACAAACAUCUUCAUGUAGCAUUUCUGUGUGUUAAGUGUUGUUAAUAUAAAUGUAUAUAUA